AUGAAGCUGGGCAAAGUAGAGUUGUGCCAUUUUCUACAGCUUAUAGCUCUCUUCUUGUGCUUCUCUGGGAUGAGUCAAGCUGAGCUGCCAAGGUCCAGAUCCAAGCCGUAUUUUCAGUCAGGGAGAUCCCGAACCAAGCGCAGUUGGGUGUGGAAUCAGUUCUUCGUGCUGGAAGAAUACAUGGGUUCAGAUCCCCUCUAUGUAGGCAAGCUUCACUCUGAUGUUGAUAAAGGAGAUGGUUCCAUCAAAUACAUCUUGUCAGGCGAAGGGGCGAGUUCCAUUUUCAUUAUUGAUGAGAACACUGGGGAUAUUCAUGCCACCAAGAGACUGGACCGGGAGGAGCAGGCCUAUUACACACUCAGAGCCCAAGCUCUGGACAGACUCACCAACAAGCCUGUGGAACCCGAAUCCGAGUUUGUUAUCAAAAUUCAGGAUAUCAAUGACAAUGAGCCCAAAUUUCUGGAUGGCCCAUACACAGCAGGAGUUCCUGAAAUGUCUCCUGUGGGGACUUCAGUGGUACAAGUGACAGCCACAGAUGCUGAUGAUCCUACCUAUGGCAACAGUGCUCGGGUGGUCUACAGUAUUCUGCAAGGACAGCCAUACUUUUCUGUGGAACCAAAGACAGGAGUCAUCAAGACUGCCCUUCCAAACAUGGAUAGAGAGGCUAAAGACCAGUAUUUGCUUGUCAUUCAGGCAAAGGAUAUGGUUGGUCAAAAUGGCGGACUAUCUGGAACCACUUCAGUCACCGUGACCCUAACUGAUGUCAAUGAUAACCCACCUCGCUUUCCACGAAGAUCUUACCAGUAUAAUGUUCCAGAAUCUUUGCCUGUGGCAUCAGUUGUGGCCAGAAUUAAAGCUGCUGAUGCAGAUAUAGGAGUUAAUGCAGAAAUGGAAUACAAAAUAGUGGAUGGUGAUGGAUUGGGUAUUUUCAAAAUAUCUGCUGACAAAGACACACAGGAAGGAAUCAUUACAAUACAAAAGGAACUCGAUUUUGAAUCCAAAACAAGUUAUACGCUGCGCAUAGAAGCUGCAAAUCGUGAUGCUGAUCCCCGCUUCCUAAGUUUGGGUCCCUUCAGUGACACAACAACCGUAAAGAUAAUCGUGGAAGAUGUGGAUGAGCCCCCUGAGUUUUCCUCACCCUUGUACCCAAUGGAGGUGUCAGAAGCUACACAGGUGGGGAAUAUCAUUGGCACUGUAGCAGCUCAUGACCCGGAUUCUUCUAACAGCCCUGUAAGAUAUUCAAUUGACAGAAACACAGACUUGGAGAGAUAUUUCAAUAUUGAUGCCAACAGUGGAGUUAUCACUACUGCUAAAUCAUUGGAUCGAGAGACAAAUGCUGUUCAUAACAUUACAGUCCUCGCAAUGGAAAGUCAGAAUCCAUCUCAGGUUGGGAGAGGCUAUGUGGCCAUCACUAUACUGGACAUUAAUGACAAUGCACCCGAGUUUGCCAUGGACUAUGAAACCACUGUCUGUGAAAAUGCUCAGCCUGGGCAGGUUAUCCAGAAAAUCAGUGCUGUAGAUAAAGAUGAGCCAUCUAAUGGACACCAGUUUUACUUCAGCUUAACAACAGAUGCAACAAAUAACCACAACUUUUCAUUGAAAGAUAACAAAGACAACACAGCUUCAAUACUCACCAGGAGAAAUGGCUUCCGCAGACAGGAACAGUCAGUUUACUAUCUGCCAAUUUUCAUUGUGGACAGUGGAUCUCCUUCACUGAGCAGUACCAACACACUUACCAUCCGUGUCUGUGACUGCGAUGCUGACGGCAUCGCGCAGACCUGCAACGCAGAGGCCUAUGUUCUGCCUGCCGGCCUUAGCACCGGGGCCCUGAUAGCAAUCCUGGCCUGCGUCUUGACACUACUGGUGCUGAUCCUGCUCAUCGUCACUAUGAGAAGACGGAAAAAAGAGCCUCUUAUUUUUGACGAGGAGAGGGAUAUUAGAGAAAACAUUGUCAGGUACGAUGACGAAGGUGGGGGAGAAGAAGAUACUGAAGCCUUUGACAUGGCCGCUCUGAGAAACCUCAACGUCGUACGAGACACCAAAACCCGCAGAGAUGUGACUCCUGAAAUUCAGUUCUUGAGUCGACCGACUUUUAAAAGCAUCCCAGAUAAUGUAAUUUUUAGGGAAUUUAUUUGGGAAAGACUGAAAGAAGCUGACGUGGACCCAGGGGCUCCUCCAUAUGACUCUCUGCAGACCUAUGCUUUUGAAGGAAAUGGCUCAGUUGCUGAAUCUCUCAGUUCCUUAGAUUCCAUCAGCUCAAACUCUGACCAGAAUUAUGACUACCUAAGUGACUGGGGUCCCCGCUUUAAACGGCUGGCUGACAUGUAUGGAAACGGCCCAGAGAGUUUGUACUCAUAG